CUGUCCUUUCAGGCUUCCUCUCUAAAGCACUCUCACACAGCAAGUGCAAUUGCUGACCAUCCAGGAGGAGUUAAACAACAAAAAGUCAGAACUGGAACAAGCAAAGGAAGAACAGUCACAUACGCAGGCAUUACUUAAAGUCCUCCAGGAACAGUUAAAAGGUACCAAGGAAAUGGUCGAGACCAAUGGCCACAGCCAUGAGGACACAAAUGAAAUCAAUGUGUUGACAGUCGCAUUGGUCAACCAAGACCGAGAGAACAAUAUUGAAAAAAGAAGCCAAGGCUUAAAAUCAGAGAAAGAAGCUCUGCUAAUCGGGAUCAUAUCAACGUUUCUUCACGUCCAUCCUUUUGGAGCCAAUAUAGAGUAUCUCUGGUCAUACAUGCAGCAGCUGGACUCCAAGAUAUCUGCAAACGAAAUCGAAAUGCUUCUGAUGAGGCUGCCACGCAUGUUUAAACAGGAAUUCACAGGCGUGGGAGCAACGUUGGAGAAAAGGUGGAAGCUGUGUGCCUUUGAAGGAAUUAAAACGACUUAACUGUGAAGAGCCAGCAAGUCUCUGGAGACGAAACCACCUGAGUGGGCCAGGGCUGUGCAGCGUGAGCACUGAAAGCUGGGGUUGGUCCAGCCUGGGGCCCCUGUGGAGCCAUCGGGGCCUGACUUCAGUUACAUCUGUGGCGUUCUCCUGUGAGUGGAAAUGUGAUUGUGUACCAGUUCCCUAAAACAAAGCUUCAUACUGUGACAGGUCUGUUUCCUAUGAACACCAACGAUUCCACAGUCAUAAUGACGGCAAAAUUUUAAAAUAUGCUACAUUUGAGAAUAGCUCACCCAGCAAAAUAUUUAAAGUUCAUGACGGUGUAGCAAUGGUCGUCGCUAGGCUACGGAGUUGUAUAUGUAAUGUAUAGCUGAAAUCAGUCAAUGACAUUUUCCUGAAAGCCCUUCUGUUUUAGUAAAAAAAUAAAUAAAAACAAAAAUAAAAAGUAAUUUUAGAGUGAGGAAAAAUCAUACCAAAAGAAAACUUGAAUAUGUGUCUGAACAUUUAUUGUAUUUUGUAAAUUAAGUUAUAUGCUAUUCCAGGGACUUUUUGCCUUAUUGAAGAGGCAGAAAAGAUUGGACUCCUUGAGAAUGCUUUAUCAAGAAUAUUAUUUUUCUAAUGUAACAAUUCUCCAUCAUAAGUUCUUUUAACAUGGACUGCAUAACGAUUUUCAUAAAAUGUAAAUAAAGGAAAAGCUAGUGCUACUGUCUUGUACUUGGUAUGUAAUAUUCAGGUUUAUGCAUCAAAAUAAACAUUCAGUAAAUACUCCUGUUAUAAAUUUUAUAGCAAAGAUAUUAAUUUUUUUCAAUAAAUGACUUCUGCCAUAAA